AUGGCCGUCCUGAGCCGCCGCCCGAAACUCAAGCAGCUCCAAUCGCUCGAAGACGUAUUUGCUACCCUCGAUGAGACGCCGUCGCUUGUCGACACGGUCGUUGGCGCCAAGGCAGGCGUCCAGAGUCUUCGGUCGCCGUCCAACUUUGACAUUCGCCAGGCGUUGGCCAGUGUCCAUCGUCAGGCAUCAUCCUCGUCGCUCAGCCCGAGUGGUCGCAAAGACGCGGCCCCGACCGUGCCACGUCUGCUGGGGCACACCAACACACUGCGGCGCGUCAUCGAGCACCUCGUUCGCGACGGCAAACUGGGCGAUGCGACGGAGCCGUACGACCGCCAAGGCAACGAGGCCUACUACACGAACGAGAACGUGGCGCGCCGCUUGGGCAUUCGCUACGACCCGACGCUGCUGCGGCUCACUCGUCAGUUUUGGGCCGCGGUCGUGCCGUCAACUAAAGACACCAUGGACAUCGAGAGCUACCAGCGCCUCUACCUUCGCAUCCACAAGUAUUUGAUCGAGCGGUUUGACAUUCGAGACUCGAAAGCCAAAAUUCAAGACGACUGGUUGCGGGAUACGAACAACGACAGCAGUUCGCUCGACUACGAGCUCUUCCACCUCUCUCUCUUUGAGCUCAUCGAUUUGUGGUGCGACUCGCUCGAUGCCAACGAUUACGUCCGCCUCUUGUACGCGAUACUGGACGGCGUCUCGCACGUCGAGCACGGUCGAAUUCACCUCCGCAAACUCCGCCACGUCCGCUUCCGCGACGUGGCCCUCGCCGUCAAGCGCGUGUCGACGGCCUCUGUGCACUGGUAUUUGGAUGCGAUGGACGCAUUGCGCGUACCCGCCAAGAUCGAGAGCCAAAGCCGUCUCGUAACCUCCAAGCACGCAGCGGUCCACCGGCGGAAAACAACGUUGGGUGCCAUCCAAGUGGCGCAACGAACGGGGCGGUCGUCGCUCAGCAGCAACAGCUUGCGCGCGCCUACACCGCCCGGCGGCACCAAUACCCCAAAUGCGCCAGCGCGUAGCCCGUCCCGACCCGCGUCGUCGCCGCCAACGCGUGCGCGCAACGCGAACGACAGUUUGUACGUCGAGCCUCAGUCGCGCGCCGCCAACAGCCCGGGCACGCAAGAGACGGUCGGCGCGUCAGCGGCCAUCGAGCGUCCGUCGACAGCACUGGGUGCGAUCAGUACGAGUGCGGCGACGCCCCAGCUCGACAUUGCCGGCCGCUGCGCACCCUUGAACGCUGCCAAGUCCCCGCGCCGGAGCACACUGACGGACCGCCAACCCGAGGCGAUUCCGCCGUUAAAAGACGCACUUAUGCACCGCGCCGCCUCAAGACGCGACUCGGCCGAAGCGCAUAGGGCACGCCGCAGCCACGCGCGGGCCGAGCGCGAGCGGCGACGGACCCACCACGAAGAUAUUAAGCAGGCGCCCCACUACGUCUUGGACUCGUAG